AUGUUAUCGAGACCAAUACUACGUUCUGAUAAGAAGAACCAAAACACCAUCAAAGUGGUCGCGGGACAGCCAGAUAUUAGUAGUAAAGCACGACUUCGAGGUAGGGUAAAUCUAGGCGGCUAUAAUGUGGGAAGUAAUUUACUCGAAUGGCAUGAACUUCAACACUGGCAGCAAGACAAUGAAUACAUCAUAUCAGGAUACAGACCUGCCUCGAAUUCACUUCUAACCUCUCUGUGGAGCUUAGGUCAUAUACAUAACGAGACAAUCAACAUAUACUCUCAUUUAUUCGGCUCCAUUCUCUUCGCUACUCUUCCAUUUUCUCUCUAUAGACAAAUCGCUCCACGCUAUGCCACUGCAACGAUAGCAGAUAUUGUCGUGUUCUCGACCUUUUUCUUUGGAGUAGCUAUUUGCUUUCUACUUUCAGCUACUUUCCAUCUUCUAGCAAACCACAGUAAGAGAGUUAAUGCACUUGGCAAUCAACUCGACUAUCUAGGCGUUGUGAUCCUGAUGUGGGGUUCCACAAUCCCGACUGUUUACUAUGGAUUUUACUGCGAUCCAGCUAUCCAGGAAACAUAUUGGAUAAUGAUAUCACUCUCCGCAGCGGCCUGUGCAAUCACCACUCUCCACCCCAAAUUCCGGCACUCAGCCUUUCGUCCAUACAGAGCAAUUAUGUACAGUUGUCUGGGGCUUUCCUCUAUCACCUUCGUCAUUCAUGGUCUUAUACUAUACGGGUAUGACACGCAAAAUUGGAGAAUGAGUUUAGAUUGGAUGGGAAUCAUGGCUGGGUUCAAUUUGUUUGGUGCUUUUGCCUACGCUGCAAGGAUACCAGAGAAAUGGUUUCCACGUCGCCACGACAUCUUAGGUUCAAGCCAUCAGAUUCUCCAUUUUAUGGUUAUUUUUGCGGGAUUAGCACACAUGGCUGGGCUUUUGAGAGCUUUUGACCAUAUACAUUCGGAUACAUUCCAAUGUAUUUGAUUUGUUCAAAAUGUUGCGAGGAAUUUGCGCCACUGUAGUCUGGAGGAAAGGGGGGGCGCGAUCUUAUUUAAGGGGGCCUUCAAGUACACACAUACGACAAAAGGUUGAUAUAAUGUUCAAGCUUCUCUUAGGACCUCCAGCUAGUAAACACAGUGUAUCCAAUAAUUCGGACUGCGUAUAUGGUUCUAGAGAACUUUAUUUAGUUUGUCUAGCUCGCGGUUCGAUUAAAGUACUAGCAGACUAUUGAAUGUACUGAGGAAACGAUUUAAGCCCAACACGGUCUUGAAUAUAUUCUUGCACAUAUUUAAAUCUACCA